AUGGAUGAUAGCAAGCAGGCGCGUUUCCAUAAUCUUCUCAUUCGACCGAAUAUCGGCGAAUUUCUCGGCUCGUUCUUCUUCUCGUUCACAGGUGAGCAGGUGUUUUUUUAGCCUUAAAAAAGCGGAAACGUACAAUUAUGAAAAUUACAGCAUGUUUUGCCGGACAACAUCAGCGCUCGAACGACGUCACCUAUCCUAUUCUCUGUGCCCUUUCUCUCUACAUUUCAAGAAGUUUGGUGGCUCAUCUAACUCCGGCUCAUUUGAAUCCAGGUAUUACAGGGAGUUCAAAAGCUAUUACAACACUCUUAGACUUGUACAAUUGGCCCUAUCUAUAAAAUCCAACUUUCCGAACGGGUUUACUAUUCGCGGACUGUAGAAUUGAAUUUCAGCUCAAUCUGAUCCAAAUAGUACUUUUGAAUGGUUUCAGCCAUCUUUCUAAAUAGUCCGAGUAUUAUUCAUUUUCAAAAAAAAAAAACUAAAAAUUACAGCCGUCACCCUUCUUCAAUGGCUCCGAAACGAGGUGCCUCUCGUGCUCGCCUUCACGUUUGUCUUCGUCCAAUUCAUCGGAUUUCUGUUCGGUGUGACUCUGUUCCGAGCACUGGUCACUCAAACCGAAUUCAACGACUACAUUGUCAUGUACGAGAUUGUCGCAGUGGAUGGAAUACGCAAGAUCAAUCGGCUUCAGGUGAUUUUCGGCAUCUACUUUCCUAUUUCCAUCAGAAUCGACUGAGCACUUUUAUUUUCACCGAAAAAUUGCGAAUUUCUAGGCAUUCCUGCUCGAAAUCGUUCUUUCUCUUCUCUUCUUCAUGACGUAUCAACUGGAGCGACGCCAAGAGCUCCCCGUGGCUGCUUCAUGGGUAAGAAAUGGAAAAAUAGGAGUCAGUUUCGAGAAACACUGGGAAAUUUGACGGGAAUUGCGAGAAAUAGGCUUUUCCCCAAAAAUUGACAUGAGAAUUGGAGGAAAUCGGGAAAAAAUGUUUCUGAAUUUGCAGGGAUUCAUCCAAUUCGUCUCAUAUCCGCUUUUCGGCUUCACCUCCAACACUUCCCUCCUUCUCGUCACUUCGACCGUAUCCUACAUCUUUUCCCCGCUCACCACACCGUCUUUCCUACUGCUAUACCUCAAUGUGUUCGCUUCUCUGAUUGCCGUUCUACUGUCAUGGGUCAUUGAUUUGUAAGUUUUCUAUUGAACACUUUGAUUUUUUUAACAAGAAAUUUCAGAGCCACCCGCCCCACUACCUAUUUGGCUUCUUCCGAACUUUCAGACAAAAAUAAAAUCGAGUAUAAAUAA